AUGGCAUCGCGGUCCGACACAGAGCUUUUAACAGAACACUUUGGCUAUCCGCCGGUUAGCCUUCUCGAUGAAAUCAUCAACUCAGUCAACUUCCUCGCCGAGCGCGCCCUCGCCAGCAUCGAGCAGGGUCUGCUCAACGCUCCUCCCGCAAGCUUGGGCUUCCGACCUGACAGCAACGCUAAGAAACAGCAACAGGCUAAGGCGAAACAAAAAAAGAAGGGGCUGAAUGGGACAGAGCAGGAUGGGGAUGAGGAUAAGGAUGAACAGGAAGUUGACUAUGCCCAAUUACAUCGAGAUGAGGUUGAAGCCGGUGUCCAUCAGCUUGAGACGCUGCUGUGGGCGAGUAUCGACAAGAACUUUGACCGGUUCGAAAUCUACGUAAUGCGCAAUAUCUUUGGCCUUUGGAAGGGUCAGGAGCUGAUGGGGACGGCGGCGGAGAUAAGAACUCAGGGGGAGGAGGAGGAGGAGGAGGAGGGAAGAAGGAAGAUGACGAUCCCGUGGGGUUCGGACCCUGCCCGCGGCAUAGAAAGCAUCAACCACUUGCGCCGACGCCUGCAGGCGAGCAAACGGCUCCAGGCAAUGCUUGUCGCCGAACGAGCGCGCAACGCGGCCCUCCUGGCAGAGAUGAAGCGUCUCCUCGGCGUGGUUGCUACCACACCUUCAGAACCCGAAGUCGAACAAAACAACGACAAUAAUAAACCAGCCCCCUUCCGCUUCCUGCGCAACAAAACCCCGCUCUCCUCGACCGACGCAUCCGCGCCUCUCACAACGACCACCGCCUUUGCUUUGUCCCAGCUUCCUGCGCUUCGUGACCUGUCAUCUGAUUUACGUAAGGCGCUGCCGAAACUUGCUGCCCCUGUUCCCGACGAAGAGGAUGAACUCGAUUCAGGAGAUGGGAAGAAGAAGUCCUGGCGCGUCGAACGCCUCGAGUAUGUCGAGACUGCCGCGCGCAGGCAUCUGGAGAAGGUUCGCGGGCUGGAGCUCACGGAGGAUGGGGAGGUCAAGGAUGGACAAGAUGUGUUAGUUGGUGGGGAAAUGGGUUCAAAGGGGCUUGGCAGGCUAGAGAAGGAGCAAGUGGAGGGGCUGGAGAAGGUUGUUGGGAUGUUGGGUCGGAAGACAGGAUCGGUGAGGAGACAGGAUGGUUCUUCUGGGGAAGGGGAGGACGUGGAUGAAGGGGGGGGAGGGGAUAGGAUGGAUGAAUCGUAG